AUGAGCAGCCCCAACGCCGCCGCAAGAGACAAAUUCUACGAGGACCUGCACGCCCUCCUGGCGACUGUGUAGAAGGCGGACAAGUUGUCCUUGGUGACUUCAACGCCCGCGUCGGCACAGACCGUACAGGCUGGAGAGGAGUGCUGGGUCCCCAUGGUCUCCGCGGAUCAAACGACAAUGGUCUGCGGCUGCUCCGCACCUGCGCAAAACACCGCCUCAUCUUGACGAACACGUUCUCCUGUCUGCCGGAGCGAGAGAAGGCCACCUGGAGGCAUCCUCAGUCGCGUCAGUGGCACCUGCUGGACUAUGUCCUCGUCCGGAAGCGAGACCAGCGGGUCGUGCUGGUGACAAAGGCGAUCGCGGGCGUUGACGGGUGGACCGACCAUCGCCUCGUCAUAUCGAAGAUGCGUAUUCACCUAUAGCUUCGCAGGAGACCACAAGGUAAGCGACCCCCAGGUAAACUGAAUACUGCCUUGUUGUCUUUGCCCGCUCACCAACUUCAUUCCAGCAAUGAGCUAGCUCAACGGCUAGACAUCCUUCCAAUCGCUGCCGCCGACGACGCCGCCGCUGCCGUGGACGCCUCCGUGGAGAACCGCUGGUGUCAACUGCGAGACACGGUCCAGUCGACGGCACUCGCCGUCCUCGGUCGCGCUCCCCGCCAACACCAGGACUGGUUCGACGACAACGACGCCGCCAUCAGAAACCUGCUUGCUGAGAAGAACCGCCUACACAAAGCCUACGCAGAUCACCCCAAUGAGGACAACAAAGCUGCUUUCUGCCGCAGUCGCCGCCAACUUCAGCAACGACUGCACGAGAUGCAGGACGCCUGGACUGCUCACAAAGCUGAGGAGAUCCAAGGGUACGCGGACCACAAUGAGUGGAAGAACUACUUCACCGCGAUCAAAGCUGUCUACGGUCCGCCGACGAAGGGCACUGCUCCUCUCCUCAGCGCCGACGGUAGUACUCUCCUGACUGAGAAGACGCAAAUCCUACAGCGAUGGGCCGAGCCUUUCCGAGGCGUCCUCAAUCGCCCCACGCCAUAUUCGACGCCGCCAUCGGGCGUUUGCCGCAAGUGGAGACCAACAUGGAUCUCGACCUUCUGCCAUCUCUCCAGGAGACCAUCAGGGCCGUGCAGCAGCUCUCCAGCGGGAAAGCACCCGGAUCGGACGCAAUCCCUGCUGAGGUCUUCAAGCACGGAGGUCCCCUACUGAUGGAUCAUCUGACUGCGCUCUUCCAGGAGAUGUGGCGUCAAGGCGAAGUCCCGCAAGAUUUCAAGGACGCAACCAUCGUGCAUCUCUAA